AGAGAGAGAGAGAGACAAAAGCGGUAAAGCCAAACCAAAAAGCAAGAAAACCACCUCAUCUCUCUCUCUGUAGUUUGUAGUUAGCAGCAGUUUAGGCUCAUUUUCUCAAGAUCUGUGACUUGUUCUUACUGUCACUCUUUUGCUUCAUUGUACCUUAUCAAGAUCCACUAGUCUUACAAAUUGGAUCUGUUCUUGUCGCAUCAGAGCUAAACCUAAAAGCCCUCUCUGGAAGCUAGCUCAGGUUUCAUGGAUCUGCAAGCCAACCUGCAUUGUUGUUCAAGAGCUAGGAUUUCAUGACCACAUGUUUAUUUGGACGUUCUGCGGUCUUUGGAGUCAUGCAAUUGUUCAGCUCGGAGGCUGAGGGGGAUGAAGAGUUGGGACGAUGGAAUGGGUUUUCCGUGGACCUCUCGGACUGUCUUCUCUACUCUUUCGUCGCAUUUGAAAUUGAGCUCCGUGUUUUUUUCUGAUAUGAAUUUGAUCCAGGCGAAGGAAGAUGCUGUCACUGAUGCUCCUUCUUCUUCCUCUGCUCAAUUUGGUUCCUUAUAGUUCCGGGCAUCCACUACUACAUAUAAGCUUGUCACCUUCUGUACUGCCAAACCAACCAAUGUCUAGGAGAAAAAUGUCAGAUAAGCGUGGAAGAGAAUAUUCAUCUGAUAACUCAGGCUCAUUCUGGUUUUUCCAAGGGCAGUAUUCCUCACAUACACCGACUGUAAUAGCCAUUCAAGCAAGAUCAUUGCCACCAAAUCUGGCAUUUGCUUUAUCAAAACCACCCCAAAUAUGGAGGGUUGAACAUUCUUUUGGACCAUCAUCUUUGCCUGCUCCUUCAACAUCUGGAGGCCCUGUUACCAGUCCUAGCAGUACUCCGUCAUUGAGGCCUCAUCGUCAUCAUCAUCAUCAUUGGAAGAGACCUCAUGCAGUUUCACCAUCCCCAUCUCCUGUAUCAGGUUGUGAUCAAAUCACUUGUGGGGAGCCACUUACUUCAACUCCCAUUGGUUCACCUUGUGGCUGUGUAUUACCUAUGAAAGUUGAACUUCAUCUAGGUGUAAGUCUAUAUGAAUUCUUUCCUCUUGUUGUAGAGCUAGAGAUUGAGGUUGCCACAGGUACAUAUCUGAAACAAAGUCAAGUAAAGAUAAUGGGUGCUAGUGCAUAUAUUCAAGAUCAAGGGAAAACAGUGGUAGACAUUAACUUGGUCCCACUAGGGGAGAAGUUUGAUAGUACGACUGCUCUACUAACAUAUGAGAGAUUUUGGCAUAAGAAAAUGCCAAUUAAUGCAACUCUUUUUGGUGAUUAUGAAGUGAUAUACAUCAAAUACCCUGGGCUUCCCUCUUCACAACCAUUGGAGGACUCCCUCGGUCCUGUUGGAAGCGGAGACCAUGAAAACCCUAUCACGGCAAAUUUUCGUGGCAAGAGUCAGAAGAUGAAUGCUGGAACGAUUGCCAUUAUUGCUUUGUCUGCAUUUGUGCUCUUCUUGAUAUGCCUUGGCGUGGUCUCCAUCCUCUUGAAAUGCAAGAAAGUUGGAAGAACAUCAACAUCUGUUGGGCCUGCAACAAUAUCCUCCAUUACCAAAAGAUCUGGCAUCGGGUCCAUUUUAUCUAGUAGCAUGGCAAACUCGACAACAGUAUCUCUUGUUUCCACCAUGGCUACUUGCCUACCCUCUGUGAAGACAUUUACUCUUGCUGAUCUUGAGAAGGCCACAGAGAAGUUCAGUUCUAAGAGAAUUUUGGGUGAAGGGGGAUUUGGACGUGUUUACCAUGGGAUCAUGGAAGAUGGGACUGCAGUUGCAGUUAAGUUGCUCACAAGGGAUAGCCAGAAUGGAGACCGUGAGUUCAUUGCAGAAAUUGAGAUGCUAAGCCGAUUGCAUCACCGAAACCUUGUUAAACUGAUUGGUAUAUGCAUUGAAGAACACACCCGUUGCUUGGUAUAUGAGCUUGUUCCCAAUGGCAGUGUUGAGUCCCACUUGCAUGGUACUGAAAAGAUGAAGGGGCCUCUUGAUUGGGAUGCUCGGAUGAAGAUUGCCCUUGGUGCAGCAAGAGGUUUGGCAUAUCUUCAUGAGGAUUCUAAUCCUCGUGUCAUUCACCGGGAUUUUAAGGCCAGUAAUGUUCUAUUGGAAGAUGACUUCACUCCCAAGGUCUCAGAUUUUGGUCUGGCGAGGGAAGCGACUGAAGGAAGUCAACAUAUUUCCACACGGGUAAUGGGAACUUUUGGGUAUGUUGCUCCUGAAUAUGCAAUGACAGGGCAUCUACUUGUCAAGAGCGAUGUCUAUAGUUAUGGGGUUGUGCUGCUGGAGCUUAUUUCAGGAAGAAAGCCUGUAGACAUGUCUCAACCUCCGGGACAGGAGAACCUUGUGACAUGGGCCCGGCCACUACUGACUAGUAGAGAAGGUCUAGAGCAGUUGGUGGAUCCUUCCUUGUGUGGAAACUAUGACUUUGAUGAUAUGGCAAAGGUGGCUGCCAUAGCUUCAAUGUGUGUACACCCAGAGGUGACUCAGAGGCCUUUCAUGGGUGAAGUUGUGCAGGCACUGAAGCUCAUCUACAAUGACACAGAUGAGACCUGUGUGGAUUGCUGUAGUCAUCAGGAGUCAUCUGGUCCUGAAUGUGAGUUCAAGGGCGACUUUGGCCCUUCUGAUAGCAAUUGGUGGAAUGCAGGUGCAGUAACUCCUCGCUUGACUUACGGCUAUGCCUCUUCAUUCAUAACAAUGGAGUACUGCUCAAGUCCACUUGACGAGAUAGACAAUAGACUAUUCUCAACAUCAAGUUUGGGUGGGGAAGAAAGGCAAUUAUCGAUUACGCAAAGCAACAGAUCAGGCCCUCUAAGAACAGUCCGCAGCAGACCAGCCUUUUAUAGAUUGAGGAGGGGGAGUAUGAGUGAGCAUGGGGACCUUCUUUCAAGGCGUGUUUGGAGUGAUGGGUAUUGGGUUUGAGUCUUCUUUCUACACUAUUUUCAAGUGUACAGUUCCAAAACAAGCAGGUGUUUCCUACCUGUGUUUGAUUAAUGUAUUGUAGUAGGUAGUGCUGAUUUCCUUUGUUCAUGGAGAGAGAGGAGCCAUGUCUUCUAAUUUUAGAAAUGUUGAUUCAUUGCUACAGAUGUUGGAAAUGUAAUUUAAGCAUUCCCUGUAUUAUAUGUCUGUUUAAGUUAUUCCGUCAUUUGAGUGUUAAAUGAAACGAUGGAUUUCUUUA